GGAUCAGAAAAAAACAUGCCUGGUACCAGUCCAGAACUUUUGUUCCUACUUGAAGUGUUUUUUUCAUUCAGGUAUCAGCAGUAUUGGCACAUCAGACCUGUUAAGAACAAGACAGUAUUGGUGACAGAGAAUUUGUUGUUAGCAUUGCUUGUUUUGCAAAGAGCAGCUGGAACCUGAAAUGUGUUUUACAGCAAAUAGCUGCCUAGCCAUGCAUAAUUUACGGUGUUGGGUAAGGUUUUGCAGAAUGCUGGACACCAAGCUGCUGUGAGGUUGGCUCAGGGCUGCCCAAGUGUGGUCAGCUGCUCUGGCAGACACAUCAGCUGAGGAAACCACGCUGACAGGCAGCCGUCCUGCAGCCCGGUUCCCCUGUGCCCUGUGUCUCCAUUCAUUGGCAGUUCAUAAAGUGUUCACACAUUACAAGGGGUUUUAAAUACUGGAUAAAAGGUAAGAUGUCACCCGUUACUUCUGUGACGCAUAAAUUCUGUUUUGGAGUAGGAUGUUAUGCUGCUGGGGCGGCGUCCAUGGGCAGCCUGGACUUACCUGACCCUUCAGUUUGCCAGAGAAAAGAACAACAAAUCCUGGUGACUGAGAGUCAAAGUAAGAGAAGAUCAACAGAAAAGCAUGUUUCCAUGAAUCUUUGUCUUCAGAGGUCCCUAGGGGAGACAGUGUGAACAGCUAUUAUCUCCAUUUUUCACGUGGGUAGCUAAGGCACGGAGCAAUGACAGAAUUUCUCAAAGCAGCACAGAGGCUUGCUCUAACCUCUGACACUGCUCAGCAGCUUACGUCCCUCUUUUAGCCCGUUGUUUUCCUGGAGGACGUCUCUGUCCUGCAAUCUGUUGGGGGGCAGUGUGCGCAGGCACCUCUCGGCAAGGUGCUGGGAUGGGCUGGGAGGUGUGGAGGGCACCGGGCUGCAGGGACACGGUGCUGGGAGGGCCAGGACAGGGGAACGGGCGCCCGGGGAGGGCAGACCCUGUGGCAGACAGCUGUGUUAGGUCAGCCUGCGCAGCCGCUCCUCCGGCCGUUCACGUUAACAAUGAGGAUUGCAUUUGAGGCAUAGGGAGAAAAGGGCUCUUUGCAUGUUUUCCAGUUAAUCAAUUAACACUUGAAAAGGUGGGGAGAAAAAAUUGCUGUGUUGGAUCUGCCAUGUAAUUAAUAGGAAAAAAAAUAUAGCCACGCUAAUUACAUCUCCCAGACCUUGGUUUUCUGAGCUGUGGUAGGUACCUGGUACAUUAAAGCCCCUUUCCUAGUGCAGGAGGAAGCUCCAGAGCAGAGGUGAUGUAGGGACAGGAGCUGGGCUCUGAGGGUGUCGGUAUGUCCUGCUCUGCUCCCAUCACACACAUGAUGAAGUGAAGAGAUGUAGGAAGAAAGGGUCGCUACCUGGAUUUACGUGUUCCCUGGCAAAAGGCCUCAGCUGACGGUCGUGGCUGACGUGCGUUGCAGCCAGGGCCGGGGAGCACGCCGGGGACCAGGACCCCGGGUGGGAAAGCACAGAGCAGGAAGUGGUUCCUGUGCAGCCUGAGGAGUCUGGUUUAAGGUUUGUGUUUGCUUUAUCGUUUUACCCCAAAAAAGAGUAUACUGGUAACGACCCAGUGUUUUAUUUUCUUUGUUGCUGUAGACACCGUUGUCAAGUCGCAGAGUUUGCCGUAAAUAAGUCUAUAGUAUAAAAUGCCACUUCUUUUCUCACAAUGUAAGUUUUCUGCCUCCUCUUUCUAUCCUGUCUUCCAGGCAUUUAUUUUAGAAAAGCUAGAAAUACAAGUUAUGCGAUGGGUCUGGAUUGACAGUUGCCUUAAAUGUUGAAAUGGGUCAGAAUCACUGCUGGCGUGAUGGUGUUUGGCUCCAGGUCACUGCUCUAGCUGGGCCACCACCUCACCCUGCCUGUGCACUGGGCAACCACUCCUUCCUGCAGGUAGUCUUUGGCAGGAGCCCAACCUUUACCUCUCUUUGUAGCACGAGUGGGUGUCGCUGCUGUUUUAAGCUGCCAGGAGCCCAACGCGUAGCAACAGAAAAUAAAUGUGGUAUGAGCUGAUUGAUUUAUCUGCAUUUUCUAGCCCAGCAAUUAAUUCUGCUUUUGAGAGGCAGAACCAAAGCAGCAAGCAUGCUGUAAUGCCAGAUCGGAGCUGAUAAUGUAUUCCUCCCUUCCUCGGUCCUUUUGCUAGCACAGAGACCAGCCUAUUAAGGAAUAAUCUCCCAAAGCAUCAGCCUGCCCCAGCGAGGAUCGUCGCCUGCUGCACCGCAGCAGAGCAGAGCCUGGCCGGCAGCUGGAGACAGAGCGGGAAGCCAGAGACAAGCAGAGCAAAUACAGAAAUAAUCUCCAGAGAUGUUCUGCAGAUAUUUUUGUUUCUUCAGUCUGUGUCUUUUCCUUCUAACCCAAAGGAGGUGCUCCCUGGGUCAUAUACCCAACUUGCAUGGCAGCGACACAACAUCCCUCCCUGGAUUUGAGAACCUCACCGUGGGAUACAACAAAUACCUCAGGCCCUACUUUGGUGGAGAACCUGUUCAAAUUGCAAUGAGUCUGGACAUUGCAAGUAUUUCUAGUAUAUCCGAGAGUGACAUGGAUUACACAGCUACUAUAUAUUUGCGGCAGCGUUGGACAGACCCCCGGUUGGUCUUUCACGGCAACAAGAGCUUCACGCUAGAUGCUCGUCUAGUGGAAUUGCUCUGGGUACCAGACACAUACAUUGUGGAGUCAAAAAAGUCCUUCCUGCAUGAUGUCACUGUGGGGAACCGCCUCAUAAGAUUGUUCUCUAAUGGCACUAUCUUGUAUGCCUUAAGAAUCACUACCACUGUUGCUUGUAACAUGGACCUGUCAAAAUAUCCCAUGGACACACAAACAUGCAGACUGCAGCUAGAAAGCUGGGGAUAUGAUGAAAAUGAUGUCAUCUUCACAUGGUUGAGAGGAAAUGACUCUGUCCAUGGCAUAGAAAAGUUGCGGCUCUCUCAGUAUACAGUGGAACGUUACUAUACCCUGGUCUCGAAGUCACAGCAGGAAACAGGCAGUUAUCCACGACUGAUAUUGCAGUUUGAGCUGAGAAGAAAUGUCCUUUACUUCAUUUUGGAGACCUAUGUGCCCUCCACUCUGCUCGUCAUGUUGUCCUGGGUUUCUUUUUGGAUCACAUUGGAUUCAGUGCCUGCAAGAACGUGCAUUGGAGUAACGACGGUGCUUUCCAUGACAACUCUGAUGAUUGGCUCACGAAGUUCGCUUUCAAAAACCAACUGUUUCAUUAAGGCCAUUGAUGUUUACCUUGGCAUCUGCUUCAGCUUCAUCUUUGGUGCCCUUGUGGAAUACGCAGUGGCUCACUACAGCUCAUCACAAAAGUGUGCAGCUAAAGCACCUGAAGAGGGGCCUGCAAAUGAACUCACAAAAGAAAUGGAGGAAGUCAACAUCACUAACAUCCUCCACAGCUCCAUCACCAGCUAUAAACGGAAAAUCAGCUUUACAAGCGUUGAGAUUUCCAGCGAUAACGUUAACUGCAGUGACUUGACCAUGAAAACUCAUGAGAAAAUCAAAUGUGUCUUGAGAAACAAAAUGCACAGGAUUAUUGGUUAUUUCACAAUUCAGAACCCCAGCAAUGUAGACCACUACUCCAAAUUGCUUUUCCCUUUGUUUUUCAUGGUGGUCAAUGUGUUUUAUUGGGCUUAUUACCUAUAUUUUUAGUAGAAAUCAGUUGCUUCAUUCUCCUACUUCAGCAGGAGAGGAAUCUUGCCAAUGGGCAUCUAGGUAUCUAACCUCAGUGAAUCCAACGUGGACAAAAUGCUCUGUUGUGUUUCCUGAGGUACAGAGCAGAAGAGUGUGUAAGGUAUGCAAGAUGCAAAGCCUUGGUGCUUCAGCAUUAGCAACAUUGACUCUGGACAACUGCUUGUUCAGCUGAGUGGCUGUGCUGGGCUCUUGUGCUCGUACCUGCUUUUCAUUCCAGCAUCCAGGCUCUCACCUGGCCGGAGAUGGGUGUGUAGGACUGCAUGUGGCAGGCCACAGAGCACUACAGGUAGCAAAAUUAUCUUGGUAGUCUGAAGCAGGUUGGAACCUUCUAGUUUAGAUCUCCAAGAGGAUGUAGGAUUACAGCUGUUAUUCUUUGUUUGCCAGAGAUAACAGUAACAGAGGGACUGUGAUUGCUGUCUCAAUAGCUCCUCUGUUCACGUAAGAGAACCCAAAGGCAGCAGUGUGCUGUGCACAGAGGAACGGCUCCCGUGCACGGUCCUUCCUUGUCCCGGGGGUGAUGCGGUGCCAGACCGGUGAUUUCAGUGCUCCUGGUGUCAGCGCAGUGGUAUGCCUCGUUGUUUUUAAUACCUGUCAGAUUCAUUGAGGUAAUCUUCUCUUGUUCAAAUUGUCCAUCCCUGAGACAGACAGAGGGCUUUUUAUUUGUAGAGCUGCAUUUUUUCAGAGGUUUGGGAACACAAGAUAUAGGCAGCAAAAUUGUUUUGUAACUCAUCUUUUAUACUCUUCCUGUUGUGCUGCAGUUGAACAGAUUCUACCACCUUCCACAUCUUCCUCACAAAUUAUUUUUCAUCCUGGAGAGUGCCUCCUUCAGCUUUCACUGCUGUAAGCAGCUCUGGUUUCCUGCCAGCCAUAUGCAAGAGUGGCCAAUUUGUCACCCCUCUUUUAUGUGGCUGUGCAGCUGUGGCAAGUCAGCAGUGCUGCUGGGUGAAAAGCCCAUGCGUGGGCUGAGGUACGAUGAUCUAAAUCAGCCUGUCGCUCUCUUUUAGGCUGAGACGGUGUUACAUUCCUGCAGAAAUUCAGAUUCUAAGUGGGCUCUGGAAACUGCCAGUCAGCUUUAUUUAUCCUGCAAUCAGCAGGACCGAGAGCUUUGUUUUAAAAAUAAAUUAAGUAUGUGGCACGCAUACACCUAAGUUUGAGAACCAAAUGCCAUUUGGUACUAUGUAGCUUAAGGCUACUGGAAGUCUUUAUUUCCUGAUUUUAAAAUGAAAGUUUUAUGGCAGAUUCCCCGCCCCCCCCUUUUUGGUCUAGACAACUUUCAUAACUUUGAGGGUGUAAUCCUGGAGUUAUGUAGGCAAAACUGUAAUGGCCUGCAGUGGCUACCAUUCAGCAGGAGUUUUGGCUGAGUGAGGCCUCUCAGCACAUAGCUUAUAUUACAGUCUCAUGCACACAGUGUUUGCUUAGUGUAAGAGUCUCUUACUGGAGGUUCCUAUAGAAGGGGUGGGCAAAGCAUGUGAAACUAUAGAUUUUUUACUUUAAUAACUUUUUAUCGAACCACUUCACCACACUAUAUUGUGAAGGCUCUAAACCACAUAUUCAUAAAUCAUAUCUUUUACAAAGAGCAGCACAAGAAGACAAAGGGGAACAGACUGGCAAUGGCAAGUGAAUAAACACAAACUCCAAUAAUGAAAUGUUGGCUUGUAUAUACUGGCAUUUAAAGUCCAUUCCAUAAAAUGUAAUAAAGUGAAUGUUUGUGAUAUGAACACUAACCCCCAGAGAGAUCCUCUAUUAAAAAAAUCAUUACCUUC